AUGUCGGCCAAAGAUGUACGAACUCAUAUCAUGCUGGAUCUUGAGAUAGCCGCACACCCAUUGAAACACAAUCCUGCGAUCAUCCAGAUCGGCGCUAUUCAUUUUGAUAUCGAAACCGGCGAGGUCUUGAAGACUUUCUCCAUAGACAUCAACUUGGAAUCUUGUAUUCAAUCGGGCUUAAUCACUGAUUCAGAUACACUUCAGUGGCUUGAGAAAAACAUUCCGGAUACAUUGUCUGCUAGCCAAAACAGCAAACAUCAAACCAACUAUCCAGCUGCGAGAUUCAACCCGACCGACCUUCAAGUAAUGAUCUGGGCAUAUGGUAGCACACAGGAUUGCCGGUGGAUGGAAAGUGCCUACAAAGCAGCGGAUUUGAGAAAGCCGUGGAUGUACUAUAACGAUCUCUGUGUUCGAACUUACUGCGAAGCAACUUUCUCAAUUACAGGAAGGAAUAUCCGACGUGAGGUGGACAAAUCUUUCCUCGGCAAAAAGCACGAUGCUAUCGAUGACUGCAAGCAUCAGAUACUCUACCUGACCAAGUGUCGUGACGCACUUCGAGGACUUCAAGACUCUGCCAUUGCUCCAGUUCCUGUUGGGCCGAUUUCGGAAUCUUCAGUGAAACGACCCAGGACUGUAUUGGACGACAAUCGUUCCAGGAUGGGUUUAGACUAG